CGGUAGACUCUUUCCGACGACGACGAUUACAACAGAUCGAGCCGCGGAGACGAGUCGCACGCCGCCUCCGUUGCCGCCGUUUUUCGGGUAAUACGCGCGGCCGACCGCGAAACCGCCGCCGCGCACACGCGCUAAACAGACGCUAUUUUCAACAUUUAUAUUAUUAUUAUUAUUAUUAUCGUACGCAUUGCCGACGACGUCAUAUUAUUGUGUAGGUUUGGCCCGUUGAAUUAUACGUAAGCCCGCGAUUGUCGACUUUUAUCGUUUCACGACGGAUCCAGGCCUGCAGGUCAUGGCCCUGGAGACGGAACGUUGCAGCCCGAACAACGCUUCAAGCCCCGGCCCCACGGACAACAACCGGCGGCCCGGGCUGGACGACUGCAGCGAUCAGACCAAAGAAGUGGUGUCAUCGUCGGCGUCGUCGUCUACAACGACUUCGCCGCAGCAGCCGCAGCCGGACGUCACAGUCUCUGCGUUCCGGCCUGUGCGUGACGGUGCGGCUGCGGACGGUGACGACGAUCGGAUGCCACCGAAAGCCGUGGCCGAGGAAUCGUCACUAUUGGCCUGCAGCAAGCCGCUGAGCAUAUGUUCGCCGCUUCAGAACAAGACUGCCGUGGCGGUCGACCCACUCUAUAAUCGUCACUCUUCACCACCACCACUGCAGCAACCCGUGAGGAAGAAAUCAUCAACACACGUUCAGAAGGCUCAGCAAGUGACCACCGACGUGCCACGAUGGGUCCAACUGCAGCAGCAGCAACAACACGUCGCCCACAAUGGCGAUCACGGCCCGUUACAGCCACCGUCCAACGCAGCGGCCGCAGCCGCGGUCGAGUACACGAUGGCCAUGGCUGCGGCCGCCGCCGCUGCUGCCGGUAGUGGCGGUCACGUGCCACAUGGGUUUCCAUUCAACUCUUGGAUGUACCGGUUCAACUUCCUGCCAAUCGUGCCAGCCGCGGCUGAAUAUUUCCGGGAAAUCCAACAUCACAACCUCCAACACCCGACCGACGGUGGAUCGCCCGAAACGACCGACGACCGACCACCAGCCGCGCUCCACUUACAGUCGCAGCACGCCGAAUUCGCGAGGCAACUGCAGCUGAACGGUACGGUUGGCAACCUACACCACCACCAUAAUCCAGUGGUGCCGUCGCCACAAGUGGUGCAGUCAGCAGCGCACCAACCCCUACAACCACCGCCACCGCCGCCGCCGCCGCCCCAACCGUCUUCGCAACAGCCGCCAAUGAUGCCCACCGGUUACGUUUCCCGACCGGCCAGCACUUCUGGUUCAUCGGACGUAUCAUCGUCGUACGGCUGCGGUGGCGGUCCCCUGAUGGCCGCCGGCGCCGGAACCACGAAGAACUGCAGCAGCUACCGUUCGCCGUCACCCCGCUCGCCCAGCCCGUUCCGAUUGGCAUUUUCCGUCGACAACAUACUUCGACCGGAAUUCGGCAGUAAACUCCAUCACCACCUACAGCAGCAGCAGGAACACCAACAUCACCUACAUCACCAUCACCACCAGCCUUUGCCGCAGCACAAUCGUCUCGGCAGGCCGUUGUCCGCGUCUCCACCCCCGCCAACCGCCGCCAAACUGCACUUUAGCACUCUGCUGCAGAACAAGCCACACACGCAGCAGUCCACACUGUCGCUGCAUCGGCCCGCUCCGACCCGUCCCAAAGCAGCGGUUGUCGGUCCCAAACGACCCGCGCCUGCUGUCGCGCCGGACAAGGUAAACAAGCGAAAGCCGGCCCAACAGCCGUUGCCGGCGUGUUCGCCUGUCAUUAGCAACAACAAUAACAACUGCUACGACAGCGAUAACAGCAAGUCGGCAAACGGUAGCCGGAACAACCAGCACCACCACAAGCCAGACGACUCUGGCAACGAACAGGAAUCGGCGGGAUCGGACGCGACCGGAAGCGGCGACCAGCAGUCCAACGACAAGGAGAUGUGGCCGGCCUGGGUGUACUGUACGCGGUACUCGGACAGACCGUCUUCGGGUGAGUGCGAAAACGGGCUUUCACCCCGUUCGCGGAGGAUGAAACGGAAUGACAAGGUUCCGGAAGAGAAGCGACCCAGGACCGCGUUCAGUGGCGAGCAGCUUGUUCUGAUUGAAGAUAAGUUCAACGAGAUCCGGUACCUGACCGAGUCGCAGCGCCAUGAAUUGUCCACGAGCUGGGUUCUGAACGAAGCUCUAGAUAAGAUAUGGUUCAGACGCGGCAAGAUCAAGAAGUUUAGUGGCUCCAAGAACCCGCACUUGCAGCUGAUGGCACAGGGACUGUAUCACAUCACGGUCGCCAUGUCCGACGAAGAGAUGGAUGACCACAUGACGGUUGCGUCCUCGUAAUGUCAGCUGGCUCCAUUCUUGUAGCCACUUUUCUUUUACCAAUCGGGUGUAUAUACGCAUCGAGCGUCUUUCCCGUUGGAAAUUGUUUUUCUCUCUAAAAUCUUAGAAAAACGCGGGUUAACCAGAGUUCCUUCUGACGGUACUGCGCACUCUGUAUACAAUACAAAUAUAACCUUCCUCAGUCCUACCAUAGCUCCGCCAACAGGUGGACUCCGCGAUAAGUGUAUAAUCGUCGGUUUUUAUUCCGUUUCUUCCACUUCCUGUAGUGUCUUUUUCGUUUCAUCUUCCGAUAAUCGUCUCCUAUCCCGUGGUCCACCUCUGCGCAUAUUUUAUAUUAUUUACGUGCGAUAUUAUAUUAUAGGUAUAAUAAAUAUAUAUUUGACGCGUUUUUUUUAUUUUGUUAAAGCUUUGUUUUUCGUUUCUAUGCACAUACAGUGUGCCUAUAGUUGGAUAACGUGUUAAAAUUAUACUAAAAUUUUAAUUGUACGACUCCGGUUCGUACACCGCGUACGAGUGUAUAUAUUAUAUAUUAUUAUAAUAGUAGUACGUGUCAUGUAAAUAAUGCAUAAUAUUAUAGAUUAUAGGUUUAUAUCUUAAAAUAUAGCAGUCUCACCUUAGGUCUUUGAUAAUUAUUAUUAGUGCGAGUUUAUACGAACGACAUAGGUCGAUGAUCUAUCUAUAUUGUUAUUUGUUAUGUACCUACACCAGCUGUAGGGCUGCUGUUAUAUUGUAUUACCGUCGAGUCUACUUACAACAUUUUUUUCUGUACUUUUCGCGUUUCGUUUGCUGGGUUACCUUAGGCUCGCGUUUUUGUAUUAUGUGUGUACGCAAAAAUAUAGAUAUAAAUAUACCAUGGCUGUGGGCGUUUUUCAUCGCUAAAAGCCUAAUAUUCUAUUAUAUUUUUGAAAAUGCAAAAUUACUCAGAAAAACUGUACAACAGAAUAUGUUGUCAGGCGACGGUCGUUGAUUCGAUAAAGUGUGUUAAGGUGUAUUUUGAUCAAUAUCAAUUCUUUUCGACACUUUUUUCGAGAAUAUAAAUAAACUAAAUCAUUAAUUUUGUAAAUACUUAUUGUUAAUAGGUACUUGAUUACACGAUAAUCGUGGAGCCGCGAUGAUUGUUAUCGGUAAUUUCCAUCUAAAAAACAACAUUUAAUUAAUUAUUUUGCAAUCUGAUAUUUUCCAUCCCUUUAAACGAAACAUCGCUCAUGGUCCCGCAAUCGAAUAUUUAUGUAUACAGACAUGGGUAUCAGUUUAUGGGAUUCUAUCACCAUUAUCGUGUCUUAUAAAUUUAUUUAGGUACGAUUAACUAGUGUAGCCAUAAUUAUUGUGGCAUACUAAUGUGGCUUAAUUUACACACAAGCACUCGCCGGGAAAUGGUUUGUUUGGACAAAUAGGAAAAUGUAGGUAUUUACCUACAUUUUCCUAUAGCCCUCAAGAAAGAGCUAUCAUCCUUGUCAGAGUCAGUGCAGAGUGUAUACAAGACGUAUGAUAUAGACGUGUACUUAAUGUAGGCAUAGAAUCAAUAAGCUCGAGACGAUAAUAUUUCAUUGGACUAAUCGUGAUACAAUUUAGGUUGGUAUAGAGGACGACAGACGAAGUAGACGGUGUGAAUUAUGUUUAGUACCUACUACAAGGUAUGUGUUUCACGGUCGUGAUGUUCAUAGGGAUAAUAGGUAUAGAAUGUACGUCUUAAACCAGCGGAUCUAGUAAUAUAGCUCUACAUAGCAUGUAAGACAUGUAUAUUUUAGAAAUAACGUAGACUGAAAUAUUUAGUUUUUUUUUUAAGAAUUUUACGAUUACAUAUUUUUAU